CUGAUUGGUGGUCAGCACGCAUUGGAGGUUCCUGCUUCCUGUUUCAGAUCAGAUCGGAGACAACAGAGCAGAUCGUACGGCAUCAUGAGUCAGAGGACAGAGCGGCGGGGGAUACAUGUGGACCAAUCAGACCUGCUGUGCAAAAAGGGAUGCGGUUUCUACGGCAACACAGCAUGGCAGGGUCUGUGCUCCAAGUGCUGGAGGGAGGAGUAUCAGCGGGUACGGCAGAAACAGAUCCAGGACGACUGGGCCCUGGCAGAAAAGUUGCAACGGGAGGAGGAGGCAGCGUAUGCCAGCAGUCAGGGAGCGCAGUCCCAGCCCCUCGCCCAGUCCACACCACCACACCCAGGACACGUCUCCCUAGGUCCCUUUUCCAAGUUUGAGGAGAAGAAAACCAAUGAGAAGACUCGAAAAGUGACCACCGUUAAGAAGUUCUUCAGCCCUUCAUCACGCACCGCUUCUAAGAAAGAAGCGCAAGAGGGCAAAUCGCCCAGCCCGUCGAUUAGCCGCCAAGCCAGCUUCGAUACAGACCAAGUGUCCAAGGACUUUGUGGACUUUUUGAAGAAUCUCCAGAAGCCCGGCAGGGAGAUCCAUAAGCAGUGUCGAGCCUUCAUAGUCAACAUGUCGAGCAAGAAGGAUCUCGGUGCUGAUGAACUUUCAGAGUGCGUUCAGGAUUUCUACCAGAACUUGGCUGACCGCUUGAUGGGUCACUUUAAAGGCUCUUCAGAUUCUGUGGAGCAGGUGAUGGACCAAGUGGAAAAGUACAUAAUGACUCGACUGUAUAAGAGCGUGUUCUGUCCAGAAACCACUGAUGACGAGAAGAAGGAUCUGGCCACACAGAAAAGGAUAAGGGCUUUACACUGGGUGACCAUAGAGAUGCUCUGUGUGUCCUUUGAUGAAGAAAUCCCUGAGGUCUCUGAGAAUGUGGUCAACGCAAUAACAGAUAUCAUCGAGAUGGACUCGAAGAGGGUUCCUCGGGACAAACUUUCGUGCAUCACACGCUGCAGUAAACACAUCUUCAGUGCCAUUAGGAUCACCAAGAAUGAGCCGGCCUCCGCUGAUGACUUUCUCCCUGCGCUCAUUUACAUCGUGCUCAAGGCGAACCCUCCGCGACUUCAGUCCAACAUCCAGUACAUCACUCGCUUCUGUAACCCCAGCAGGCUGAUGAGCGGAGAGGAUGGAUACUACUUCACCAACUUGUGCUGUGCUACGGCCUUCAUCGAGAAGUUGGACGCUCAGUCUCUAAACCUCUCCCCGGAGGAAUUUGAGCGCUACAUGUCAGGCCAAGCUUCACCGCGAUUCAGCACCUCAGAUGGCGACUGGCGCCACGCUGGUUCGGCACCUGACGUGACCGCCACCAACCCCGCCCUGGCUCAGCUCAAUCACAAUCUGGAGCUGCUGUCGGGCCUCAGCAGCAAGCAGGAGAGGCUGAUGGAGGCCGCUCAGAGCCUGCAGGCCGACCUCAUCGCCUGGCCCGAGACCGUGCAACGGGAGGUGAACGGCAUCCUGGAGAAAUACCCUCUGGAGAUUCUGCCUCGCACAGUCUCUGCCAUCGAUGCCAACAACAUGGAAAAUGACAACCUGCCACCACCGCUCACACCCCAGGUGUUUGCUGGGUAGUGGAGUCUCCAAAGGGAGGAAACGUUUCACUUGCAGCAAAGGUACUCCUGCUUUAAGUCAGCUAACUACCUGUGCUUUGAGUUUGAUGGUAACAUCCCACAUGCAACCAUCUCCAGUAAAGUUUACAGCUUCACCUUGCUGAGUUGCUUCUGCACCUUAAAGGCCCAGUGUCCUAAAUCACUCCUUAUAUCAUAUAUGGUACACUCUUUUUAUUUUAAUAUUUCCACUAAAUAGUGCCCUUAUACAAUGCAAAGAGAAAGGUAAUAUUAGUAGCGUAUACUGCAGCUGUAAUUGAGUGCCUAAUAUAUAUGGAGUAGUGGAUGAGGUAGUGAUUUCAGACACAGCCUCAGUCACACCAGCAUUAUAAACAAUAACAUUUCACACUAUCAAUCAAUAAUUUCAAUAUAAUCACAGUGAUCAGUGGAUUUCCUCACAAGACAAAGUUAAUCUGCACCAGUUUUGCCAGAUAUACGCUAAUUAUUGUAUUUGUAUGAUAAUCUUGCCCUCUGUACGAUCAAUAAUCAACGGUGUGCGAUAAUUUGAUAAUUUUGUGACACAUAGUAUUAUCAGUUGUAAUCGAUUACGUCUGUGUUUAUGCAUCUCUUCUCACGUGAAGUCUCUUCAGCAAAUCAUGCCAAAUGUCACCGUUUUCACUCUUUGUGUUUCUGCGUGAAGCCAGUUUGACAUGUCAAUAUAGGAACAUAACUCCUUUUCUUGCUGUGUUUUAAUAUUUUGUGUUGCAACCGAAAUCCAGCUGUAAACACAGAACAAGUCUGUCAAGUUGUCGUAGUAAAAUAUCAAAUGAACUUAAAAAGCUCCUUCAGUUUUAUUUUUUGUUUUAAUGAACACAUGUUUCAACAUUGUGCUGAGUUUUUAAAAUUGAGUGUCUUUUGUUGGGCUUUCCACACUUUUGUUUCUAUAAUGAGUCUGUGUUAUAAGGUAGUAAGCAUCUUAUACUAUAAAUACUGUAUUUAAGAUAUUAAGUUUGUUGUUUUAUGAUUUUCAGAGUGUAACAGCAUGCUGUUGUUGUCUGACUGCUGCCCUAUCACUUUCAAAAUGUAUAAUAUCACUAUUAACUCUCAUGAAGGGACACCUGAUCUUUCAAAUUAGGUUACGGUUAUUUACCACACUGCAAAGAGAACUAGAGCUCUGUGUGAUAGGGUCAUGUGUGUUUUAACAAGUCUAGACACUAGCAGGAUGAUGUUAGUUAGUUAAAUGAUGCUGUUAUUUCCUUUAGCUAACUAGUGUGUAACAUAAUUAGUUGGAUUGAUAUUUUUUUCCAUUUUAAAAUCUAAAAUUAAAUAUCUGAAAGAGCAGCAGACUCUAUAUUUAUAAAAGGGAAGCUGAGUAGAGUCAAAACCAUGAGUAUAAACAUAUAAAUUAAUAUGUUUUUUUUUACUAAUUAAAGGUUGAGGAACUAUAAAUAAUUAGUCUGGUAACGUUAAAAACUAACGAGUAAUUGAUCCUAAUGAUUAUCUUUGUAGCCAGAGCUUGAUAUACUGUAUCUAAUUCCUCUGUGCCAUUGAUCUCCAUUGCUGUCCAAAAAAAAACUAUUUCUCAUUUCUGAAGCCGAAACUCCUGUAUGAGGGACAUCUGCUAAAAACCGCAAUGCCCAGCUGUUAAAGAAAAACAACGACCCUUUCUUUUGAAACUGAAUCUAUAUUUGUGACCUGUUUUUAUAGAUUUAGAACUUCCAUAGAAACCAUGUCUGAUAACCAAAAUCUGGGCCGGAUAAUGGCACAGGGGACUAAUGUUUAACAUGGACUAACAAAUGCUUGGUUUUGGUCUUUUCAUUACACUUGUUGAUUAUAAGAAAAUCCUGAAUAAUUUCAGCCUUAUCCUUCAAAAAAUAUUGUGGAAUGUGAGAUAAGAAUCUACCAAAAUCUCAAACAUUUCAUGGUUAUGAUAUAACAGUUAACACUACGUGAAUCCACUGGAAAACUGAUCUCUAAAGACUGUGCACAAGUGUACUGAGGAGAACUGGUACUGUUUUAUAGUUAUAUCACAUGAAACAUUUAAGUGGUUAAUGAUGAGGUGUCAUCAGCUUGUUUUCUGGAAUUAUUUGGUUAAAAAUUGGCCUAAAUAAAACUAGAAACUAGAGCAUUCUUUCGACAAAGUGAGAACUAACAAUAUCGCAGUUAAAGGUGUGUGAGUGUACAAGGUGUAUGAUGCAAUAAUUACAAAAUAAUUAUUGCAUUUUUCAUUUGAGUGAAAUAAAGAAGAGAAUGAAAUGAAA